AUGAAGCAAAGAUACACAUUUCUUGACAUCCGUGCGACGGUGAAUGAGCUGAAGCCAAGGCUGAUUGGCAAGUACAUACAGAACUUCUACAGUACAUCACAGAGGAUCAUAUACAUAAAGUUUAGCAACAAGGAUGUUCUUCUAGCCGAGCCAGGAGUAAGGAUGCAUCUUACAGAGGGGCACGACAUGGACAUUUCACACUUUUGUAAGAUUCUGCGCAAGAGAGCGCGUAGAGAAAAGGUUGUUGAUAUCUAUCAGUGCGGAUUUGAUAGGAUUGUGAUCUUUGAGCUGAGCAAGCAGAAGAUUGUGUUUGAGUUUUUUUCUGGGGGGAACGUGCUGAUAGUUCAGGAUAACAAGAUAGUGGAAGUGUUUAGGAUGGUGAAGGACCUGGAUGUUGUUAAGGGGUCUGAGUAUGUGUUCAAUAAUGUAGAAUUUGAUUUUGGAAUUGAAAUGUUUGUUGCAAACGAGAUAAGCGACUUUCUACCUGUUGAAGAGCCGUUGGUGAAGGAGGUGCUGGGAGGGCUGAGCAGCAAGCUGGGCACUGACGUGAUGGGAAUGAGAAAAUCGAUGAUGAAUGGUGUGCCGAUUAAGAAAGAAAGCAGAGAUGCGUUUGAGGAAUACAUGAACGAGUUUAAGAAGAGGAUUGAGGAGAUUGGUGGAUAUGGAGGAGUGGUGAUGGCGAAGGGAAAGCUGCUGAGUUUGUUUCCGUUUAAGGUAGAGGGGGCGAGAGAGUUUGGAACGUUCAAUGAUGCGGCGGAGUUUUUUUUCAUGGACAGGAAGAAGUUCGGAAAGGGAGACAAGGUGUCGAAGGUAGACAAAGUACGAGCAAGGCAAGAAGCAUAUAUGGAGGAGAUGAAAAAGGAAUCUGAGGAGUAUGUAGCGAAAGCUCAUGCUCUUGAGUCGAACGAGGGCCUUGUGCAAAGAAUUCUGGACAUUUUCCGGGUAGUGAGGGAGUCGAAGAUGAAGUGGAAUGAUUUUGAUAGGUUUCGAGAGAAGGAAAACAAGAAGCAGAACGAGGUGUCGAAGGCGAUACUUCAAUGUGAUUUUAAGUCCCAUAGGUGUUUAAUAAGUGUGGAUGGUAAGGAAGUUGAUGUUGACUUCAAUGAGUCUUUGUUUUGCAAUGUUAAUGAGCUAUUUAAAAAGGCAAAGAAGCUGAAUGAGAAGAUUGAGAAGACAAGAAGCAAUCUUGAGGAUGUGCUGAAGAAGAUAGCGCCGAAGACGGAGACAAAGAGGAUAGCAAGGCAGACAUAUUGGUUUGAGAAGUUUCAUUUUUUCUUCUCAUCUGAGGGAGCUGUUGUGAUAGGAGGGAAGAACUCUCAGCAGAACGAGAUUCUUGUGAAGAAGUAUCUUUGCGAUGAUGAUUUGUACUUCCAUAGUGAUGUACAUGGAUGCUCAAGUGUUAUUGUAAAGAAGGAGAGCGAGGCCACGAUCAGGGAAGCAGCUGCAAUGACGCUGUGCAUGUCGAGCUGUUGGACGAACGGAGUAGUGUCGCAGAUAUGGUAUGUGUAUGGAAAUCAGGUCAGCAAGACACCACCAUCUGGAGAGUACUUGCCCAAAGGAUCGUUUGCAAUAAAGGGAAAGAAAAACUAUGUUGAGUGGCACAGGCUGGAGUAUGGAGUGGGGAUAGUAUUCCGGGCUUUUGAGGAUAUUGAGGAGCAGGUAAGUGAAAUGAAGGUUGGCGAUGCUGAAGGAGGAGAAGAAAGGUAUAAGUUUAUGAAUGAUCCUGGAGAUCUGGAGAUAAUGCAUGCGAUUCCUGUUUGUGGGCCUUGGUGUGUGAUUUCGAAGUACAAGUAUAAGUUGAAGCUUGUGCCUGGAGGAGAAAAGAAAGGCAAGCUUGUGCAAGAGAUAAUGAAAAGGUUUGCAAGGGAUGCAGGAGAAAGCAAGGAAGAAAUGUUUGUGAAGGCGAUUUCUACGGAGGAGUAUAUGAAUGUUCUUCCCGUAAGCAUUAGGAUAGGAAAGUGA